AUGGAGUCGAUGCCCGGACAGCUUCGAGACGCGGGACGAGACGCCAGCUCCUCCCCGAGUUCAAAGCAGGACGCACCGAGCUUCUCCGGCCCCAGCUCCCUCAAACCAAACCAAGUGAGUGAGACUGCCCUGUACGGGGUGCCCAUCGUAUGUCUGGUCAUAGACGGUAAGGAGAGACUCUGCCUGGCGCAGAUUUCCAACACCCUGCUGAAAAACUACAGCUACAACGAGAUACACAACCGCCGGGUCGCUUUGGGCAUCACCUGUGUGCAGUGCACCCCCGUCCAGCUGGAGCUCCUGCGGCGCGCCGGGGCCAUGCCCAUCUCCUCGAGGCGCUGCGGCAUGAUCACCAAACGGGAGGCCGAGAGGCUCUGCAAGUCCUUCCUGGGAGCGCACAGCCCCCCAAAGCUACCAGAAAAUUUCGCGUUUGAUGUGACUCACGAUUGCGCCUGGGGCUCCAGGGGCAGCUUCAUACCCGCCAGAUACAACAGCUCCAGAGCAAAGUGCAUCAAGUGCAGCUUUUGCAACAUGUAUUUCUCCCCAAAUAAAUUCAUUUUCCACUCUCAUCGCACCACAGAGUCCAAGUAUCUGCAGCCGGACGCGGCCAACUUCAAUUCGUGGAGACGCCACCUGAAACUGACGGACAAAAAACAAUCCGAUGACAUUCACCACGCGUGGGAGGAUGUUAAGGCCAUGUUCAACGGGGGGAGUAGAAAGAGGACUCUGCCCAUGAGCGGCUCGGGAAUGUCCUCGUCGAUGAAAUCACAGGCCUCGUCCAGCCUGGCCCAAACCAGUUCCCCUGAGAUCCCUCACAAAACUUUACGGUGCGACGACAAUCAGGGAAAUAAUAACCUGAGUUUGUCGAGCGGCGCACGGACCUACCCAGUCAUCCCAGUGCCCAGCAAGAGCUUUGGCAUGCUUCAGAAAAUCCCCCCACCCCUGUUCUCCCACCACCCCUAUGGCUUCCCCAGCUAUGGACUGUGUCAGAAAAAGAGCGACGGUUUGCCUGAUGCGAACAAAACCAAUAUCUCUGGUGUGUUUUGGCCUGGCGCGAAGGACGCCCUCUAUCCUGCUUUCCCUAUGUUUUGGCCUACAGCCGGCGGCCUACCCAUGCCGCCCUAUCCGGGGUCUCCACCCAAACCUCUCCCAGAGCUGCCGGGCGUCCGGCAGGGAGAGCUCGACCUAUCGGACCAAAGCGACCGGGGCGCAAACACACCCAAAGACACCAACCACCACCCUCCCCAUCAGCAGGACGGCGGAGAGCGCUGUUCCAGCUCCCAGUCCUCAUCCACCAGGAACGACGAGGACAAGUCCGGGGACGAGACCCCCCAGAGGAAAAUCAAUUACAUUUCGGCCUUCAGACCCGUAGUCAAAGACGCGGAGACCAUCGCCAAACUCUACGGCAACCGAGACAGCUACGGCGCGCGCCCUGGCUACCUGUCCCCGGAUUUUAUCAGCGAGAGCUCCAGUUAUAGAUCGAUAUCACCGGACAGGGACAGCGCGGUGGACGAGGACGACGACCCGGACGUGGAUGUGGAGUCCAACCGAGGACAAGACGAGGAGGAAGCGAUCCAGAUCUCUCCGGGAGGGGAGCACCAUGACUCCCCCGGGCCGGACCGGGUCUCCUCGGGUGCUGAGGAGAGCCAAGAGCAGCCUGCCGCCUCCAGCCCCGCAGCAUCAGCAUCACCGGAGCACUCCGUGCACACUGGCUCAUCAGAUGAGGACAGACGGAUGCGUAAUGGCUCUCCUCUUCGUGAAGUGUACGCUCAUGAAAAGGACGGCCACGUGCUCCUGAACGAGCCUUCGUCGUUUGUGUCGAAACACUCGAGCAGCCCCCGCAGAUCCAACGGUGUUCACCACGUUACUGAAAUUCCGAACCAACGCAACGCAACAUCCUAUCAGGAGCACAAGGACAGACAAGCAGAUGGAGCUUUACGCAUCGAUAUCAGCGUGCAUGAAAGAGAUUUGGAGAACAUGGCUAAAGAGGAAUUGCAGAAGCAGCUUGUGGAACAAGUGGAGUUGAGGAAAAAGUUGGAGAGAGAAUUUCAGCAUUUAAAAGAUAAUUUUCAGGAUCAAAUGAAGCGUGAGCUGUCCUACAGAGAGGAAAUGGUCCAGCAGCUGCAGAUUGUUCGAGACACUUUGUGCAGCGAGUUGGACCAAGAGAGAAAGGCUCGUUAUGCAAUACAGCAGAAGCUAAAAGAAGCUCAUGACGCCCUUCACCAUUUCUCCUGCAAGAUGCUCACCCCUCGUCAGUGUACCGGAGCCUGCACCUUCAAACCUCCGCUGCUGCCUCCCUAGUGCCCGGCCCCACCCUGCACCACCCUGCAUCUGACCCCAGCUCAGCCAAAAAAGACACACACAUGCACGCACACACACACACACACUCGAAACUCACACUCGUCUGCCUCGAGAGCUCUCAUGUGUUAAGCUCCCACCUGCAACCCAAGGGUUACCAACCUGCUGUAUAGAUACACCACUGAUUUUACUGAAGAUUGAGUGAAGUGAAGACUCGGAGAAGGUUUUGGCAGCAACACUCCCCCUCCCACCCCACCCCCCCAAAAAGAACUGAA